AUGACUGAAGCCAAACAAGAUUUAAUUGAAUUAUCAACAAAUCCUUUAGAUGUAUGGAUAAAUACACAUUAUGAUGAAUUGUGUGCAGGUAUGACAUGUAAAAAUGCUCUAUUCUGCAAACCAUCAGACAUGAAAGACAAAAACUUUCAAAUGAGCAUUAAAGAUAAAUGUGAUAAGAAACAGAGAAGAAUAGAUGGUAAACAAACAUGGUGUUAUGUUUUGAAAGAAGAAAUGAAAGGAUUAUAUAAACAGGUUGAACCAAACGAUAAUGAGGAUUCAUUUACUGACGAUGAAAUACCUGUAAAUGAGCCGCUAAGCGGUGAGACCUGA